CGCACAAUGGCACCAGCAGUCCAGCACACGCUCGCAGACCAGAAGCAGGACCUCGUCGCCUCGUACGCCGUCCAGGGCCAGCAAGCCCUCGCCGUCUUCGGCCUCCCCCUCGUCCUCCUCCGCUUCCGCCGCCCCUUCUCCCUCUCGCGCCUCACGCGCGAGUACUCGGUCCUGUCGCUCGUCGCCGGGCCCGUCACCGGCGCCGGCUACGGCUUGUACCAGACCCAGACCAAGUCGGACGCAGACGUCGUCAAGUGGGCCACUGAGCGCAGGGCCAGCUGGGGCUUGAAGCGCCGCGAGGACUAUGGCGUCGUCGGCGGCGCCAUCGGGGCGCUCGCCCUCCCGGCCGUCCUCCUGCGGCGCGCGCCCCUCGUCCAGCUCGCGACGGCCGGCUUCUCGCUCGGGACCGCUGCGGGCGUCUUGUCGCACUAUGCCGCCGGGCCCGUCGUGCCAGGAGCGGUGCCCGACGCGCCCCGCGACGCCAUCAUCUUCAUCUACGAGCAUCUACGAUCAUCUGGACAUACCCUCAUGGUCGGAUACAUCCCGCUCGAGCUGGUCCACCUCAUCGCGUCGGCUGCACUCGCCGUCGGCAACCACCCUGUCGAAGAUGAACGCAGUGCGCGGUCAAAACUCGCCAAGAACCUGUCACUCGUGUGUCGCGCGUGGCGCCCUGUCGGUCAAGCCGCCCUGUUCGGCACCUUCAAGCUCUACGUCGGCCAGCAGGACGGUUUCCUUCGCGACCGGCAGCGCUCGCACCUGUUCUCGUUCGUUCGCGAGCUCGUCGUCCCCGGCAACUCCAGCAGCGCCAAGAUGGACAAGAACAUCGUGCGCUGCCGUCGCGAGUGCGACCAGCUGCGCCGGCUGUGCCUCGACAACCCUCUCGCGUGGUCCGUCUGGUUCGCCCGCACGCGCCGCCCUGCUCCCGUCGCCUCGGUCGCCGAGUUCAGCAUCGGCGAGUCGCACGUUUCCGAGAAGCGUGCGCCAGAUCUCGUGAGCGUCCUCAAGGGCGCGAGCCUGCUUCCCGAGGUGACCAAGUUCGCCAUCCGGCUCACCGCGGCCUCGGAUCCGGGUCCGGCGCUGCCCGAUCUCGCCGGCUCGGCGCCGUGGUCCAAGGUGCAAGACCUCGCCGUGUCGAUCGUCCAGGCGCCCCAGGGUCAGCUGCACAAGACGUUCCUGCGCGAGCUGCCCAACCUGUUCCUCCUCGACCGCCUCGCGUCGCUCGACUUGGAGCAGGUCUGCAAGGCCGACCUCGACUCGUACGUCGUCGUCCUUCAGCGGACGACCUCGCUCCGUCGCCUCGGGCUCGGCUGCCUGCCGACCGACCUGUCGAGGGUCGCCGACGCUGUCGGCCCCGUCCUCGCCGGCAUGACGUCGCUCGAGGUCUUCAAGCUCCGCGCGACCGACUCGCUCGAGCGCCGUUCCGGCGGCAAGGAGCGGCUCCCCGCGUCCCUCUUCGCCAACCUGCCCCGCACCCUCGUCGUCGUCGACGUCGACCUGCGGCCCGACUCGGCGGCCGAGCAGGCCUUCCUCGAGGACCGUCUCGGCUCGCCCCUCGAGGCAUGGACGACAACGAAGAGCGCAUGGAUCGCUCCCCGGCACAACGAGGUCGUGUACGCCAUUGCGAGGUGGGUCAAGCGCCGGGACGAGCGCGACGGGACGAGGGCGUGGGCGCGCGAGGUGUAGCGCUCGGUCCUCGAGCUGCAACGUGCAGAGCUUUGUGCUUUUCUCUC